AAGAGAAUAUAUAUAGAAAAAUAUGUUGCUUAUUGUUUAGUGCAUAAAUCAUAUUAACUAAUAGCAGCGUUUCAAAAACAAAAAAAAAAAACAAAAGAAUAUUCUUAUUAUACGGAUUAUUUCUAUAAAAACUUUAGACGCUUGCAAUUUUUUCAACGGAAACUCGGGCAAGGGAACGAACCAACAACAGACCCCAAUAAUGGCCAACAAACAAGCAGCAAUGAAAAAGUACUAGCAACAACAGCAGCAACAGCAACAACAACUAACAGCAAUCAGCAAUGUGGAAAUGAUAAUUGCAAUUGCCUGCGCAUAGAAGCAAAGCAAAGCGGGUGAUGAAAGUUGAAGAGCAGCUUUAAAGAGCCAAACAAAUCAAGGAAAAUUCAUAGAAAGAAGACUGUUUUUCCUUCAUGUUUUUUAUUCAAUUGUAAAACAAAAGAAAAACUUUAGCUGGCAAAUCAAAGCGGCACAAGCAGCAAAAAAAAAAAAAACACACACAAUGAUGAAAUGAAAUGUAAUUAAAGCGCUUUGAUACAAACGCGAUGGUGUUUUACAAUAUGUAAAUAUAAUUAGUCGAGCGAAGUUUUCAUUCCUGGAAUUUUGCCAUUCGCCAAACGGCGGCAACAGCAGCAGCCGCUGCAGCAGCAACAGCAACAACAACAAACACGCCAACUGCAACUGCAACAAAACUCCGUAUCCGAAUCCCAGCGCAAGAGAGUCCAAGUCCAAGCCGGUUUUAUAAUUACUCCACACAACUUGCGGCUCAGCCCACCGCGUCUCUGCACUUGGACAGAUAUUUGUUUGUGCUUUUUUUUGCUUUAUUGUCGGCCCAAAGCUUGAGCUAGGCCCAGGCCGAGGCUAACGCUCCAGCUACAGCUGAGGCGGCCAACUAGUUGUGUCUCAAGGUGCGGCCAUUGCAACUUGCCGCAGCAGUUGGCACAGUUGCAGCUGCACAGUUAAGAGGCCAACGGCGCGGGGGGACCCCCCAGCGGCAACGGCAACGUCAAAUUGCCAUUUGCAAUUUCCAUCAACGAUCAUUGUGAACAUUUUUUGGCUUGGCAAAAGCUUACGGAAAACUGUGAUUACUGUGAUUACCGUGCCGCGUAUAUAUAAGUGUGUGUGUGUGUGUCUGUGUGUGUGCGUGUCUAUAUAUUAAACUGAACAACUGAUUGACAACACACAACGAAAGGAAUUGAGUGCAACUGCAAUAAACUGCAAGUGCAACUGCGACGAUGGCAGUGUCCUGCCCAGAAGUAAUGUACGGUGCCUAUUAUCCAUAUCUGUAUGGGCGCGCAGGACCUAGUCGUUCAUUUUAUCAAUAUGAGAGGUUCAACCAGGACCUCUACUCAUCAUCGGGCGUGCAGCUGGCCGCCUCGUCGAGCGCCUCGGGCAGCUCGCACUCCCCCUGCAGUCCCAUAUUGCCGCCCUCGGUGAGCGCCAAUGCUGCCGCUGCCGCCGUCGCUGCGGCGCAUAAUUCGGCAGCUGCUGCAGUAGCCGCUGUUGCCAAUCAGGCCUCCUCCACGGGCCUGCAGCUCGGCGCUGUGGGCGGCGUGGGCAGUGGCCCGACGAGCGGUUUACUCGGCACCAAUGUGCCCGGCGGCAGCAGCGCCAACAGCUCUGGCCUGGGCAUGAGUCCGGUGCUAAGUGGUGCCGUUGGCAGUGCAGUUGGCCACGCCCUACACAGUCGCGCCCAUCAAACCAAAGAAGAGGAUCUCAUCGUGCCGCGCAGCGAAGCUGAAGCGCGCCUGGUGGGCUCCCAACAGCAUCAGCAUCACAAUGAAUCAUCCUGCUCCUCUGGUCCGGAUUCGCCGCGUCACACGCACUCGCACUCCCACCCGCAUACGCUGCAUGGCGCGGGCGGCGGGGCGAGCACGUCUUCGGCGGGCGUUGGCGCUGCCACCGGUGCCAUGUCCAAGGAACUGCCACUGGACACCAGCAGCGGCGGCAGCCAAGGACGCGCUCAGUAUCUAUCGGCCACCUGCGUUGUAUUCACCAACUACUCCGGCGACACGGCCAGCGUGGUGGACGAGCACUUCUCCCGUGCGCUCAACUACAGCAACAAGGAUACUAAAGAUGGCAGCAGCCCCAUGUCGACACGCAAUUUCCCACCAUCGUUCUGGAACAGCAAUUACGUGCAUCCAAUACCCGCCCCCACACAUCCACAGGUUAGCGACUUGUAUGGCACGGCGACGGACACGGGCUAUGCCGCAGAUCCUUGGGUGCCACAUGCGGCGGCAGCGCAUUAUGGUUCCUAUGCACAUGCGGCCCACGCCCACGCAGCCCACGCCCACGCCUACCAUCAUAACAUGGCCCAGUAUGGAAGCCUGCUGAGAUUGCCCCAGCAAUAUAGCCACGGAUCGAGACUACAUCACGACCAGCAGACGGCCCACGCCUUGGAGAGUGCGGCGGCCUACUCAAGUUAUCCAACAAUGGCAGGUCUGGAAGCUCAAGUGCAGGAAACGUCAAAGGAUCUGUACUGGUUCUAGAGCGGGACCAGGACAACACAAUCUGUAUAAAGGAGAGCAACAUGAACUCAUAAAUUGCAAACAAUAAACGGACGCUCCGCUAAACUUAAGUGAAAGAUUUACAUAAAUGUGCAAGCUUACGUUAAAAAGAAAAAGAAAUAUUUAAACAAAUAGCAGUAUAAACGGAAAUUUUAAAUUCGCACUUGUUUGUUUGUAAUUUAAUAAA